AGCGACUCAGUUCGGGCUCAAGUUGAUGGGAUGAUCGCUCGCUUUGCUCUCGGAGCUCACGGCUCACGGCAUGGAGCGGAGCUUUUCGAGUGCCUUCAUCGAGUCCGUGUCCGUGGCCAUGUGGGUGGUGAAGGCUUCCACCCUGCUGCUCUUUGACACAAUGCCUUGCCACGAGGAGCUUGCGGCAAAAGGAUUGCUGGUCCGGCUCCAGGAAGGCAUGUUCUGCAUCUUCGUGUCCCACCAAUGGCUGGGUACCUUUCAUCCAGACCCAACGGGCGAGCAGCUGCGAGUGCUGCAGGAUGCGUUGAGGAACCUUAUGAGAGGUGAGCAGAUUGGGGCGGACAUCACCACAGAGUUCUGGCUGCAAAGCACCCGGCUCAGCGAAAAGCACCGAUCCAAAUUCAAGGACGCCUACAUAUGGCUGGAUUGGCUCAGCAUUCCUCAGCAGGACGCAGAGCGUGGCAACCACAACCCAGCGGACGAGCUAGGGCAAGUUGUAGAGAGCACACCCUCUACGUCGGUGGAGUCUGCCGGGUGCUUUGUCGGUCAGGCCAACGUCGAGAUUCCCAUGGUCCUAGUCACCGCGGCGGAUAAAGUGGAGUUCGUGGUGCCUAUGCACUGGCUUGACAACCCCCCGCAGGAUGGUGCCUUCUCCUACACGAAGGAUCGCGAAGUUGUGCUAAGUGUCAUGGAGAAGGCUUUGCACUCUAAGCUGCGGCUCUUGAAGGACACGAAGAAGUGGAACCUCUACCGCUACUACGUAGCCAGGUACGACAGUCUACUUGGCCGACCUUGUCGGCAGCGAUCUCCAGAAGAAUUUCAGCGAGACUUUAGGUUCGAAUCUCUUGCUUCAACCCGUGGUAUGACUCCGAUGGCCUGCGCGGCUUUGUCCGGGGACGCAAACAUGGUGUCCCAGCUUUGCGACGCGCAGCUGGACGUGGACAGGUUCACUGGCACGCUGCCCGAGGUGUACAUUAUGGAGUCAGUGACGCCUUUGAUGCUUACCAUGUGGUUGGGGUGGCGCUGUCACAAGGUGGCCGAUGCCCUCCUGGAGAGGAGGGCAAACGCCAAUGCUGCCACCGCUGUGGGCGGCGAGCCUGUGCUGAGCUACUGCCAGACACCAGCGGCUGUAGAUCUCUUGGUCCAGCGCAGGGCAGAUGUAAAUCCGCGGCAAGGACACCUCAAGCUGCCUUUGAUCACAUUAGCGUGCGGUCGUUCAGCGCCUACAUCUGUGAUAGCAGCCCUCUUGAGGCAUGGUGCAGAUGUGAACCCAAGAAGAGGCGCUGCUGGGUGCAAUCAUCCCUUUGCGGCCGUCGCUUACCGGUCGACGAUGAGCGAGAACUCCAUUGAAGUUGCCAAAUUGCUUUUGGACGCCCGGGCAGAUGUAAAUGCCCAGCACCACGGGUCGGGAGUCUGGCGCCUCGGGGAAUUGACCUGCCGGGGCCUGGUGAUGUUGCGCGGCAGCAAGGCGCCGAAAGUAACCCAAUUCUUCGCCGAGUGGUCGACGACUUCCCUGGGCUUCGCUUGCUUUUUCGGCGCGGAGGAGCUCGUGGAGCUGCUGCUAGAGGCAAAAGCCGACUGCGAGCUGCGGAACGCUCGAGGGCGCACGCCGCUGCAGCUGACGCAGUCCGCAGCGGUGCUGAAUGUCCUUCACCGCCACCAGACCACGUUUUCCAUUUGA